UCACUCCCAGUCGUCUCUGCUUCUCAGCCCUGUCUGGUCUCCCCGGCGAGUGGCCAACUGCUCCCUACGAGCCUUCCUGCACCGGCGAUUGGGCGAGCACAGGCGCACUGUUGCAAAUAAUUUUUUUCUUGAUCAAUGCCAAAAAGAAGUAAAAAAACUGUUAAGCAAUCUGCAAAUGCUGCUUCUAACUCCAAGCAGGAGGAGCCCCAAGAUGUAAAGCAAAAGGAGGUGUCUUUGGACCAAGAAGAUUUUGUUGAACAUCAGAGUGCAGCAAUCAGGGCUCUUCGUGAUGUGCAGAUUGAACAAUUACGUACUAUGUUACGGUUGCUACGCUCUAACUUUAGCCAGGAACAGCUGCAAGUUCCUGUUUUGCAAUUUUUCAGAGAAAACCUCCCAAAUCUGGUGGUUGUAAGGAAUGAGAACGAUGGUAUGUAUGAAGUGCAAUGGAAAAAAGAUGAUGGUAAUUUAAGCAUGGACCAACUAGAUGGAAGAAAUAUACAUGCUUCUCUUCUACAACGCUUAUCCAUGGUUUAUCCCAGUUGUUCUGCAGCAAUGCCACCUAUUGGUGGAUUUGAGUUUUCGAAUAAAUCUGUGAAAACAAGUAUCUUCGGUGCUGAGAAUCUCCAAAUUAAGGGAUUUGUACUAGAAGAGCCAUCAGAGACUCAACUGUUUGAGCAGCAGGAUCUUCUCCAAACUCCGGGUGCAAAUAGCCACCGGUUAUCUGUUGGGAUGACACCGAAAACUUUGAGGCAGCCCAAACAUGGGGAGAUGCUUCUAUCCGUACAUGGCUCACCCCUUGGCGUUUACAAGGAAGACAUGGAAGCAAUACACGAAUCAGAAGAUGGUUCGGCUUAGAUUAUGGACCUGUUAUUGUAGGCAUUAUAUUGGUGGAAGAAGUUACUGCCAUUGUAUUUGAUCAAAAUUUCUGUGUUGUAAGUUGUUACUUGUUAGCGUCUCAUGUUUGCUUUUUUGCUUUGAAGCAACAUAUUUCUUACUUCAAUUAAUGCGUUGAAGCAAAUAUUAUGCCUUGCUUUAAUGUAUUGCUCUGGUAAAUAUUGUUCUUGUAGAACAUUGAAAUGUCGUGCCUAAAUACUCAAGCUUACUUAUACUAAAAUUUAUAAUAUUGAUAUAUGGA